CCUUCUUUUAUUGCUAGAAGUGAAGAUCGUUUGUUUAAACAUUUAUUUGAAGACUAUCAAAGAUGGGUUCGUCCAGUGGAACGCUUGAAUGACACAAUAAAAAUAAAGUUUGGCCUUGCAAUCUCUCAGCUAGUAGAUGUGGAUGAGAAAAAUCAAUUGAUGACAACAAAUGUCUGGUUGAAACAGGAAUGGAUAGAUGUAAAAUUAAGAUGGAAUCCUGAAGACUAUGCUGGAAUAACAUCUAUUCGUGUCCCAUCAGAUUCUAUUUGGAUUCCAGAUAUUGUGUUGUAUGACAAUGCAGAUGGUCGUUUUGAGGGAACAUCUACAAAAACUGUGGUUAAAUAUGAUGGCACCAUUGCUUGGACUCCACCAGCAAACUACAAAAGUUCUUGUACUAUUGAUGUAACCUUCUUCCCCUUUGACCUCCAAAAUUGCUCUAUGAAAUUUGGUUCCUGGACUUACGAUGGCUCACAGGUUGAUAUAAUUCUUGAAGAUUAUGAUGUUGACAAAAGAGACUUUUUUGAUAAUGGAGAAUGGGAAAUAGUGACUGCAACAGGGAGCAAAGGAAACAGGACUGAUGGAUGCUGCUGGUAUCCUUUUGUAACGUAUUCAUUUAUAAUUAGACGUUUGCCACUUUUUUACACGUUGUUUCUCAUUAUUCCUUGUAUUGGGCUUUCGUUUCUAACUGUCCUUGUCUUCUAUCUUCCUUCAAAUGAAGGUGAAAAAAUUUCGCUUUGCACUUCAGUACUGGUAUCUUUGACUGUUUUUCUUCUUGUUAUUGAAGAGAUUAUUCCAUCAUCUUCUAAAGUUAUCCCACUUAUAGGCGAAUACUUGGUGUUUACUAUGAUAUUUGUGACAUUGUCCAUUGUAAUAACUGUCUUUGCUAUCAAUAUUCAUCAUCGCUCUUCGUCUACGCACAAUGCUAUGGCACCUUGGGUUCGCAAGAUAUUUCUUCACAAACUUCCCAAGCUGCUUUGCAUGAGAAGUCAUGUAGAUAGAUACUUUGCUCCGAAGGAGGAAACAGAAAAUAUGAAUGGAUCAGAAUCAUCUAGGAACACCUUGGAAGCAGCUCUAGAUUCUAUCCGAUACAUUACGAGACAUGUUAUGAAGGAGAACGAAGUUCGCGAGGUUGUUGAAGACUGGAAAUUCAUUGCUCAGGUGCUUGAUCGAAUGUUCUUAUGGACUUUUCUUCUGGUUUCAAUAAUUGGAUCGCUUGUGUUGUUUAUUCCUGUUAUUCAUAAAUGGGCAAGUAUAAUAGUACCUACGCAUAUAGGCAGUACAAAUGCAUAA